UACUUUCAUCCAGCUUCUCAUCGGGCCGGAAAAAAAAAUCAUAAAGAAAAACAAUACAGGUGCUGAAGUACGGAACGGAUGGCCGGCUUUGCGUCCCAGGCGGCCCUGCGGUCCCGGUGGGGCGACCUCGUGGACAGUGGUUCCGCCAGCAUCGAAACGUCCGAGGUGUCCCAGGGGCUUAAGAAUGUCGUCGGAUGGCUCAAACAGGCCUCGGUGGAAGUGCGCGAAGCCGGCAAACGUGCCGUGACACAGCUGCAGACGAGCACACCGAACCUGCUGCACCUGACAACGACCAACACCACCGGAAGUACGCUGUUCCGAACGGGCCAGGACGAGCACCGCGGCGACACAAUGACGGCGAGCGGCCACGACAAGCUGACCAUUCUGCACUACAACGACGUGUACAACAUCGAUGCGACGUGCAAGCAGGAACCGAUCGGCGGGGCGGCCCGGUUCGUCACCGCCGUCAAGUCGUACGACCACCUGAACCCGCUGGUGCUGUUCAGCGGGGACGCGUUCUCGCCGAGCAUGCUUAGCACCUUCACGAGAGGAGAACAGAUGGUGCCGGUGCUGAAUGCCGUCGGAACGCACUGUGCCGUGUUUGGUAAUCACGACUUUGAUCACGGCCUGGACGUCCUGGCGGAGUGGGUCGAAAAGACGACCUUCCCGUGGCUGAUGUCGAACGUGGUGGACAACGAGACGGGACGGCCGCUGGGCGGAGGUAAAAUCACCCACAUCCUGCACCACAACGACGUCAAGGUGGGCCUGAUCGGGCUGGUCGAGAAGGAAUGGCUGGACACGCUGCCCACGAUCGACCCGAACGAGGUCACGUACAUCGACUUCAUCAAGGCCGGCAACCAGCUGGCGGACGAACUGCACAACCAGGGCUGUGACAUAAUUAUCGCACUGACGCACAUGCGGACUCCCAACGACAUCGAACUGGCCAAGCACAGCGGGCACAUUGAUCUGAUCCUGGGCGGGCACGAUCACGUAUUCGAAAUCCUCAACAUCGAGGACACGCACGUGAUCAAGUCCGGCACGGAUUUCCGACAGUUUUCGCGAAUCGGAGUCAACACCGAACGGAACGAACAGGGCAAGAUCGGCAUCGUGGUCGAGAAGGUCGACGUGAGUUCAACAAAGUACAACGAAGAUCCAGCACUGAAAGAAGACUUGAAGAAGUACUCCGAAACAAUCGAAUCCAAAAUGGACGAAGUGUUGGGAACGUUUUCGGUGGAGCUCGAGGGACGAUUCGCGUCAAUUCGAACUUCGGAAACGAACCUCGGAAACUGGAUCUGUGAUGUGGCGUUGGCGGCCACCGGUGCCGACGCGGUCAUGAUCAACUCCGGAACCUUCCGAUCCGAUCAAAUCCACCAAGCAGGCCCCUUCACGAUGCGUGACUUGGUCAACAUCAUCCCCAUGCAGGACCCACUGAUAGUGCUCGAAGUAACCGGCAAAAUCCUGCACGAAGCCCUCGAAAACUCCGUGUCAACCUACCCCAAACUAGAAGGUCGCUUCCCCCAGAUCGCCGGAAUGUCAUUCGCGUUCGAUCCCACCCAACCCCCAGGGCGCAGAGUCGAAGCCCGCCUCGUCCGCAUCGGCGACGAAUGGCUCAACCUGGAACAGAUCUACACGCUGUGCAUCAAGAGCUACAUCUACGGCGGUUGCGACGGCUACACCAUGUUCAAGGGCUGCAAAGUCCUAAUGGACGACGACGCCGCGCCAGAACUCGGACUCGCCAUCCAGAACCACUUCAAGGCGAUCGACGUGCGCAUGGGCAAGACGCACCACACCAAACAUCGACAGUCGCUGGUGACGCUGUCCCGGCGGCACAGCAUGAUCCAGAUGCUGGAGAACCUGGAGCUGGACGGGCCGACGCCGAUCCGGCGGAAGUCGUACGUGAGUCAGCCCAAGCACGCCAGCAUGGAGCAUGUGAACCGGGGAAAGCUGAUGAGACGGGCCUCGUUGGACGAUCUGGAGCAGAACAGCUGUCAACUGGCGCCGACGAUACAGCACCGGAUAAUUGUCGUGCAGAACCAGGAUCACAUGCACGAGAUGAUCCUGCGGCGGGAAACGAUCGAGGCGAACUCGGUCAUCAAGGAAACGGACGAGCUGACGCCCAGUGUUAGCAUGAACGGAUUCUACGAGUACAGCGGAGAGGAAGCCCCCGCCGAAAAGGUGCAGUUUUACAUGGAUUGAUGUGGCCUCCGGAAGGCACCGGGAGGGCUGGACCAACGGGAUAUUAACACUUUUCCUAAGAAAAAAAAUAAACAAGAUUUAAACAUUUGAAGGCAAUUUCGUGCAAAAACUAGUUUUAAUUUCCAAGAAGCUCUUAAAAAACUAUUUCUAAGUUAGUUUCACCAAAAUUUCAUUUAAACCAAAACUUUUUUAGAUUUGAGAUUUGGAAGAUUGUAUUUCCUUUCUGGAUGAAAUUUACCAAGACUCGAGUAGAAUUCACUCGAAAGCGGUUUAAAAAAAACCAAAAACGGUGUGAAAAUUAUAACUCUUAGACUCCUCGACAAAAGAAGAUUCACUGAGCACUCACUGAGAGAGAAUUCCAAAAGAGAGAGUGAGAGAGAGAGAGAGAGAAAGUGAGACUUGGUCUCUUCUCUCUCAUGCGAAAAAAAAAACGAUAAAUUGGUAGCUCAAUAAAAUAUAUCAAUUUCAAGAUGCUUGAGAGGCAUCUCGAUCUAAAUAAUACUUUUACAGCUUAAAUGUCAGACGCUGCUAAAUUUAAAAGGUUAAACGGUGUUACGAUUAGGAUUUUCCAUAAAAAAUAGUACACUUUCGCUUCGCUCGGAGCGGAUCGCAUACUGGAUAUCGUCAUGUUUAUGCGAUGAUUAUCAAAAUCUAUGUUGCCUACGAAUUGAUAAUUGGGAGUACAACAAAUUCCACUUAAAUUUGAUUCACAAUACUAUGACUGCCGAGCAGCACUCCCAUCUGGGGGAUUUGGAAGAUGGGAAUUAGUGAUGCUUUACUUUAUUUAGAGGAUAAGGGAAAAUCUCCACUCCCGUUUUUGUACUUCUUUUAUUAUUUUAAAGACUCGAUUUUGAAAAAAAAAUUGUUUCAAAUUUUGCGGAAAAAAUGUCUUUUUCGAGUUUUAAAAAUAGUUACCAUCCUCGACCAUCCCUGAAAAAAAAUCCAAUGGGAAAAAAAGAACUGCUGAGAAAUUGCCUUUCAAAGAAUGAAAAUUAAGAGAAAAAAAAUUCUAAAUGUUACACAAUCAGUCCUCAUCCUCAAGUUAAUAAUAUAUUGGAAACCAUUGAUCCGAUUUUCAAUUUAAAAAAUGAAACCAAUGUGGAAUUUUCUUAUCUCCAGUUCUAAUUCAAUUUUAAAUGUUAAAAAAGAAAAAUGUUGUGAAUUUUCUAAGCGUUUAAAAAAAAUCACAAAAGUACUUUUUGAUUGCAAAAUCAAUUUUACACCCCAAAAAUGUUUUUGGAAAUUUUUCUUAGUUUUUUAAACAUCUUUUUAUAUUUGGUCAAAAGUUCGUAACGUUCGAAACGUUCGUAAAUUAAAAAAAAUAAUGGAGUUUAUACAACAACAAUAUUUCUGCGCAAGCUCAACUCGAGGGGAACCAUGGACUUUGGGGUCCCCAGAAACACGUGCACUUUGAAUUUUUCAAAAAUAUUUAGACAGUUCGGUUUUUUAGAUUUUUAGAAUUUAGAUUUAGUUCGGUUCGUAUUAUGUAUGGGACAAACUUCAAAUGCGUUUUUCUCAGCUUGCUGUUUUUGCAUAUGGGACAUUUAUGCGAACAUGGGCAGUGUAGUAAGUUUCAAAAUAUUACUACUUAAAUCUCAAAAUAUCGUGUUUUUUUCGAAAAUACUCAAAUUUUCAAAAUUAAAAUAUGGGUACUAAACGAAUCCAAAUUUUGAAUGCUUUAAAAAUUCAUUCAAUUUUUGUCUAUAUGCUUCAUAAAAAAAAUGAUUUCUUUGAUACCCAGAUUGUAAAUUAUGAAAAUUUAAGUAUUUUCAAAAAAAAACAUAUUUUUGAAUACUUUUCAGAAAACACGGUGUUUUGUGAACAAUUGUCAGUAUACAUACUUUUAAUUUGACUACAUUUUCAAAAAAUAUAUUCUUAGUGAAAGCAUUGAAAAUAUAACAUAAUAUAGUUGAAUUAAGUCGAUUUUAAAUAGAUUUUAAAAAUUAGUCAUCGUCCUUAGAAUACCGCCGAUAGAAUCAUCGAAAUAACGAUAGAACUACCGUUAACGUUAUCGAGUUUCGAUAAUUUUAUCGUUAACAACCUUGUUUUCAUACACAGACAAAAAAUGAUGGUUAUAUUCAUCAGGGAAUGGUGACAGAUUUUGUGUUAAAAAGGUGUAAUAUUACAUCAGGAAUUGACUAAUUUUCAUGAAUGAUUCUGAUUAAUCUUCAACAGGUUCAUAUUUUUUUUAAUUUAAAAAAUUCAACCUUCCAAAAUUAAAGUAAAAUUUGAAAGUGAAAUAUGAAUUUUGAUUUAAUUUAAUUGCUGAUGAAAUUUGCGUGAAAUAAACUUCAAAUGAGUAAUUUUCUGUAAAUUUUGUGUAAUAAUGGUAAUUUUGUGCCUAAAUAAUUUUUUUUUCAAAUAUUUUUUCCAAAUUGAAGUCAAAAUUACCCAAAAUUUGACAUUUAAAAUCAAUUUCGCACAUACAAAAGGACUACGUCUUAGCUCGCAGGGCUAUCAGGCCUACAUAUUUAUGCAUGUAAUAUUACAUAACAUUACAGGCAUUUUACACGCAAUUGAAUUGCAUUUUUUUGCUAUGUAGGUUCGUUUUGGGUCAAAUCCGAGUUAUUUUGGAUGACCAUCACUUAUAUUUUAAUCAAAAUCAAACUUUGUUUGGAAUGAACUCGAUACACGUUUUCAAUGUUUUAAUUUGUUUUGAAUAAAUUUAGUAUUUUUUUUUUUUUUUGAUUCAGUCGUAAAUUUUGUCUAAUUAAAAUCUGUUUGAUAUUGGAUCCAAUUCAAUCAAAUUUGAACGUUUUUUGUGAUUUAAAAAACAUUUUAGUUGAGUUCAGUUAAUGUAAGAGCGACUACGUUCAUAAUACAGUUUUGCAUGAAAUUGCCCUACUUGUACGUUGUAAAUAACACUCCUCCAGUGGAAAAGUUUUCCGUUAGAUUUAGCUACCCCACAACGGAGCUUUUCUCUCUAACACACAGAAGCGGUGGCAGUUUAAUGUCAUUGUAUAACUUUUUUUACAUAAUAAUUAUUCGCUAAAGAGUCUAUUUAUCGUUGUGUACUAGUUUUAAUUAAUCUGUUUUCAAACUCAACCAUAUUUAUAUUUAUUCUAAAGAGAAAAUAAAACAAAGAAGAAGCAAAACAAACACUCUUAACUACACACUACCAACCCUAACGUAAUUGUUGUGAAACUGGAUCCGUUAAAGUAUAUAUACAAAUAUAAAUAGUCGCAAUAGUCUAACAACUAAAACAUCAACAUGAAAUACUCUCACACUCCUAGAGCGACCAGCAGCAGAGCGCGCGCACGAGAGCAGAGAUCUGUAAACUCAGUAGUUAUGUGUAUUUAAAUGAAGAAAAAAAAUGUGAACAGAAUAUUAGGAUGAAUCUAAUCGUUGUUAGUUUCCAAAUGCAAAGAUAAGAGAUAUUACCAUACAGGAAUGCCCUUUUCAACUGAAAAAAUGUUGUGAAACUAGCGAGAAACGAAUUGUAGAAUAGUGUCUCUAACGAAUGGCAGAGUGUGACGAAAAGUGCAGAGAGGGAAAUAAAUUUUAGCCAAACAAAA